AGUUGCAGUAAUGCAACACGCUUCGCUCUAUAAGUAACAAUUAUUAUCGUGAUGGCUUCUCCAAUCGGAUCAUUUGUUUUCUUCGAUCUGGAAACUACGGGUUUGAUCACUCCCACAAGGACGCCUAAGAUAACCGAAAUUGCUUUGAUAGCAUGUUCCACCCAGCACCUGCAGGAAACGAAGUGCGGUGAGCUUCCGCGGGUCCUACACAAGCAGACAUUUUGCCUCAACCCAAGGAGAACGAUUGAUCAUGAAGCUUCGAAAUUUUCGGCGCUGUACAAUGAUAUGCUGGAAAACGAAAGCAAAUUCGACGGCAACAUAGUCCAGCUGAUGGUACUAUUUCUCCAACGCCUUCAAGGACCAACCUGUUUAGUGGCACAUAAUGGGAACCAAUUCGAUUAUAUCAUUUUAAAAAAGGAGCUUGCGGAUUUGAAUGCCCAACUUCCGGACAAUACAUACUGUGUGGACUCUUUGCCGCUAUUUCGAGCCUUGGAUCAGGCAAGAGACCUUGGGCAGCAGCAGCAACGGCCAGCAUUCAAAUCAUUUCGGCUUAGCAGCGUACACGAACGAUUGCUUGGCCAUCCACCGAAACAAUCCCACUAUGCGGAAUGCGACGUGGAAGCUCUGCUAAAGUGUGCUAUCGCAGAAGGAAAAGGCUUUGUGGAGCACGCCGAAAAGAAUAAGAUAAAAUUUCGUAAGUUUUCCUCUGAACGUUGAUUGUCGCUUGAGGCAAGAUUUGCUAACACCUACCAAAGUUUUUGCAUGAGGCAUGGAUAAAUAAAGCAUGA